UCCUAGCGUCGUGGGUUCCGCGUGGAAGCCGCCGCUCAUAGGGUCGUCCUGUCUGCUCCCCCCCACCUCAUAAUGCCUGCCAGCACCUCUUCAUCGACCAUUGCUUCGCCAGCCCCAGCCUUGCCCCCAGCUCCGGCCCAGGUCGCAGCUCCGGGCAAGAACCCGUUAAUGGACUGCCUGAGCUGCCGCCUCUUAUCGGGAACGGGGCUGCUGGGGGCCGGCGGCUACGUGUACUGGAUGGCGCGGCGGCCCCUGAAGCUGGGCUAUGCCGCCACCCCGGGUAUCAUCUUCCAGAUGGUCGUUGGCAUCAGUAUCGCGUAUUGGGGGUUAGUCAUACUGGUGGACCCAGUAGGAAAAGCCUAUCCUGCAGAAUCAAAGAAGCAGUGAUGGUGAUGAUGACGAAAUUGGCAGCUUCUACAACACAGCCACACCCAUGAACUACCCAGCCACUCCAGUGGACUCCCCAGAACAGAAGGACAGAAUCAAGAGACCCACAGAUAUUCCAGAUAUUGCCAGGGCCUGCCCCUCCCUUCACAACUGUGAAUAAAUUUCUUUGAGAACAAA